GUAUGUAUACGCGUUGUGCGGGAGCUCUGGGGGACGGAGUUUAUUUCUUGCCUAUAGUAAAUUCCUCCGUCGGUCCACCACCCCACCUGUCCUCCCUCGGGCUCGCUCUUCGAUUGUCGUCGUUACUCUUCUUUUUACCGACCGCAUGGCCGAGGUAAAAAUCGCCCCAGUUCUGCUCGCAUUUCGUUUGAGCGACGAAAAAAUGACGAAUAAAUUUGCACCGUCGGGAAACGAUGGAGAUCGAAAGUUCCGCUCUCCGAAAGGACUAGGGUCCCGGACAUUCGGGUCCGCGUCGAGGAAGUAGGUGGGGUACGCUUACGAGCGGCCGUAGGAAAGUUUCCAAGGACUACGAGACGACUCGUGUGGGGCGCAGUCUUUGACCCGUGAGCAUCCGAAAAAGAAUUCCAGGUAAAACGACGCUCGAAUCAAGAUAAUCCAAUUGUUUGUCUACGAGAACAGGGUUCGAGAACCCCGAGAGACCCACACGUCACGUCUCCGCGUCUCCGUGGGCCGGAUUAUGAGAGAUACCCGAGAGGCGAGACCGCGCAACGUAGCGGACCGAAAACAUCGUAGAUCGAACGGAUUACACUCGAGAACACUGGCUGGGGUCGGACGGUUUUCCGAACUCUCGUACGCAAGGAAUGGAAACUGACGUCACCCCGUAUACGAGACUGAUUUCAGUAAAACGUCAGAGGCAGAGGAAACUCGAUUUCACUCUCUCUCCUCUUUCUUCGAGGAUAUAUUUUGGGAAAGAAAAAAGGUUUGGAAUUGGAAAAAAAAAAAAAAAAAAUAUCUCGGCUCGUCCUCGCUUCGGGGUGAGGAAAUUUUUGAGGAGCUCACCUGUCGUCACCUGCGGUGCGAUGAUAUUCACGGAAUUCAUAAACGCGAGAAAACAACGAGGAUUACCUGAGAGGAUACUGUUCGGCUGGUCGAUUCCCCCCUGGGUCUGGAACGCGUAUCGUCAGAUCGGCAUUUUCGGCUUCGGGGCUGCUUGCACGACCUUGACAACGGACAUUGCGAAGUACAGCAUCGGACGUUUGAGACCCCAUUUCCGUCACGUCUGCAACACGGACGCCUGCCUCAUACCGGCAAAUCAGAACGUAUACGUGGAGAAAUUCGUCUGCGAUACCCUCAAGUACAGCGCGAAGACUAUCAAGGAAUCCAGGUUAUCCUUUCCAUCGGGACACUCGUCGUUCGCUGCCUACACCAUGAUUUACCUCAUAUUGUACCUGCAACUUCGAAUACAGUGGCGGAGCACGAAACUGUUGAAACACUUGCUCCAGUUUAUCUUUUUCUUCAUGGCCUGGUUCACCGCCUUGUCCAGAGUAUCGGACUACAAGCAUCACUGGAGCGAUGUCAUGGUUGGAUUUCUUCUGGGAGUAACCAUGGCUCUCGUCAUUGCUAAUUUCGUAGCGAAUUUUUUCAAAGACGAAGUACCGAGGAGUCGAGAGGUUGAGAAACUACGUGGAACGGAAUACGAGAACGACGCGACACAGGACAAGAUUGAAAGAACUCAAUCCACAGAGUUGUGUGAAUUGAGAUAGACAUGGAAGGUGUUCAUCUAAUCGAACUGUUCACCUCUUGGCAAUGGGCGAAUCAAGUCCUUUGAGAAAUCAAAACCGCAUGCGAUACGACGGCGAACCAACGGAUUUGUGAAAAAGCAUUAUUCACACAACUAGUAUUACCUUAGAUCUCAUUCGCAACCUGUCUUGUCCGUAUCAGAGAUGGCAGAGUUGUUAUUUAACAAAAUUGUUCAUUGUAAUCAGAUUCACAACACCGAAUGUCUUCAAUUACCGCUUUGUAAGCAUAUGUAUUUUUUAGUCGCUUAAUCAAUUGAUCGAUCGAUUCAUUCAUAAUUCUUGAGUACAUAUCGUCACCUUAGUACAACUAUUGUUCAACUAUAAAAAUCUGAUAAUGCUAAAAGCUAGGUGUCAAAGUACAAGAGAAAGGAAAGUAGAGAUUGUGGAUCAAAUCUGAUUCUCUCUGAACAUGAUGGUGCUAAACGAUCUUGGGACUCUCCUUGAUAAAAGGGGUUAUCGAGUGAAGAAUUGAACAUGUUUCUACAAUAAAUUUAUCCUGAAAUAAGUAAGAGUAA